AUGAGCCAGCUACUCACGGCGCGGCAGGCAGAGGAGCUACACAAAUCCAUUAUCGCCUAUCUUGCCUCGGUGAACCUAACUGAGAGUUCUGCUGCUCUGCGAGCGGAGCUAGGCGAUUCGGUUUCAAUUGACGAUGCGACGCUGAAGAAGUAUGAGGGGCUAUUAGAGAAGAAAUGGACCAGCGUGGUCCGCUUGCAGAAGAAGAAUCAGGACCCUACAUCGUGGUUACCGCGAUCCCCUGCCCGCCAUAUACUCGAGGGCCACCGAGAACCUGUCACAUGUGUUGCGUUCCACCCAGUAUUUUCUUCCCUCGCAUCGGGCUCAGACGAUACGACGAUCAAGAUCUGGGAUUGGGAGCUCGGGGAACUAGAACGGACAGUCAAGGGGCACACCAAGGCGGUGCUAGACGUCGAUUAUGGUGGGCCCCGCGGCGGAACACUUCUGGCGUCCUGUUCAUCCGAUCUAACAAUCAAGCUAUGGGAUCCAUCUGAUAACUACAAGAACAUAAGAACCUUGCCAGGUCAUGAUCACAGUGUCUCCUCGGUGAGAUUCAUCCCAUCUGGCGCGGCAGGCUCGCCUAUGUCGGGGAAUCUAUUGGUCUCCGCAUCACGAGAUAAGACUUUGCGGAUAUGGGAUGUAACGACCGGAUAUUGUGUGAAGACAUUGUCAGGACAUGUGGACUGGGUACGAGCCGUUGCGCCAUCUCUCGACGGAAGGUUCCUCUUCGCCGCGGGCGAUGACCGGAUUCCUCGCUUGUGGGAUCUAUCAUCUGCGGAAACCAAAUCGACAUUCCUCGGGCACGAACAUGUCAUUGAAUGUGUUGCUAUUGCUCCUGCUGCCAGCUAUCCACAUCUUGCGGUUCUUUCCGGCUUGAAGAAACCGCCGCCGGUUUCCUCGUCAGCUGAAUUUUUCGCCACUGGGUCUCGAGACAAAACUAUCCGGCUAUGGGAUUCACGAGGCAAUCUUAUCAAAACGCUUGUGGGCCAUGACAACUGGGUUCGUGCGCUCGCUUUUCAUCCAGGCGGUAAACAUCUUCUGUCGGUUGCAGACGACAAGACUAUCCGCUGCUGGGAUUUGACCCAGGAAUGCAAGUGCGUCAGGGUCAUCUCUGAUGCUCACGGACAUUUUGUCACAUGCCUCCGAUGGGCGCCACCAUUAAUCAAAGAUGGGGGAGCCAAUGGAGAAUCAGAGACCAAUGGAGCACCGGCGGCCACCGCGACAACAAAUGGUGUCAGACCAGAUCCCAACGCGGCCAACAAGAUCUCGAUCAGAUGCGUCAUUGCCACCGGCAGUGUCGACCGCAAAGUGCGGAUUUUCGCGACCUGA